AUGGUGGCAACGAAUUUGAAAGCAGAGACGAUGAAACUUAUGGAGAAGCGUAGCGGAAUAGAGGCGGAGAUGAAUGUCAUUAUCGAGAACCUCUGUCGGCCCGGCGGCCCUGGCCUCGCCGGCAACCUUCUCGAUCCCGAGGCAAAAUCGUCGGACAUUGACAUCCCUGCUGUGAGAGCAGAGCGACAUAGGCUUGCCGAACUCCGUAAUGAUCACAAGGAUAUUACAGAUAAAAUAGAACAAAACAUUCAGCUUUUGCAUUCUGCAAAACUUGCUCCAGCAACUGCAUCCGUUCAAGAUUCAGAUGCAAACGUUGGCGUGUCUUCAUCCUUCAGCCAUCCUGUUGACAUGGAUAUGGAUUUAGUUGUCAACAGACCCUUUGCAAUAAUCGAUGAAAUCACUGACUUGUCCCCGGCAGCAGAAGAUGGUUUACAGCUUGGUGAUCAGAUUGUGAAAUUCGGGGACGUUGAGAAAGGUGAGAAUUUGCUGCAGAGGCUAUCUGCUGAAGUACAGCAAAAGCGAGGCCAAGCAAUUUCGUUGCUGGUGAUGAGGCAUGGUUCUCCCUUGAAUUUGACAGUUACUCCGAGAUCGUGGGCGGGCCGGGGUCUACUUGGGUAA